AUGCCGCAAGCAACGAGGAAUAGAAAUCGAAUGAGCCCAUAUCAGCAUUUGAUAGCUGGUGGCUGCGCUGGACUCGUAGAAUCGAGUAUUUGCCAUCCUUUAGACACUGUUAAGACAGUCAUGCAACUUCAAAGCAACAACCUGAAGGACGAUUCAAACAAUAAGACUUCUGCUUCCUCAUCUGUCGGCUCAGGCUCAGGCUCAGGCUCAGGCUCAGGCUCAGGCUCAUCGACAAGAAGAAAACCGACGCUGAGGGAAUCCUUAAGCUUCAAUAGAGUCAAAAAACGUGGUCUUUCAACUGCAAGCACGAGAAGAGUUGCUUUAUUGAGCGAUUUUGGUCCGAUCGGAACAGCACGUUUGAUCGUUCAGAAAGAUGGUUUCCUCGCACUUUACAGAGGUCUAACGGCUGUCUAUACUGGAAUCAUACCUAAAAUGGCAAUACGGUUCUUCACGUUUGAGCAAUACAAGGAUUUUUUAUCAUCCUACACAACAUUAGGCCGAUCUACCAGUAGUGCCACGUUCACAGCUGGACUCUUUGCUGGUUUGACGGAAGCCAUUCUUGUGGUGACUCCCGCUGAGGUCUGCAAGAUACGAAUGCAAAGUGAAAACAAUCGACAAUUCAAGAACGUCGCUCAUGCGGCCUAUACCAUUGUCAGAGAAGAAGGUGCUGGUGCUCUCUACAAGGGAGUCCUGCCAACCAUGUUUCGUCAAGGGUGUAAUCAAGCUGUGAACUUUACUGCCUACAAUGCGGUGAAGACGAGGGUAUUGAAAGAAGAAGGAAAGACAGAGCUUGCUUCAUGGCAAUCCAUGGUCAUUGGAGGCUUGAGUGGUGGUAUGGGACCCUUGGUUAACAACCCAGUGGAUGUGGUCAAGACUCGACUUCAAAAGCAAGUGGUAUUGGAUAACCAAGCACCGAAAUACACGGGAUUGAUGCAAGCGUGCUAUGUGAUUUCAAAAGAAGAGGGAGUUGCUUCCCUUUGGAAGGGCAUCACGCCGAGACUGCUUCGUAUCAUGCCUGGCCAAGCGAUAACAUUCACUACAUAUGAGGCUGUCUCUUCAAUAAUAUACAAUCAGCGAAGCUUGUGGUCGCUAAAGCCAAUCGAAACCACGACAAAUGCUAGACGUGGAGUCACAACGACAGCACGAUAA